AUGUCUCAGGUGCUUCUCCUGCUGACAGGCCUUUUCUUCUUCUCCUCAACGUCUGGAUCAGAAUCCAGUGUGCCAUUCCCGGUGACCUGUGUGACCCGCGGAGCCGACCUGGUGGAGGGCGGCCUGCUGGUCUCGUGUCCUCCAGACUGCCCCCAGUGGAAGGUGUCGGUGUUCGGGACGGAGGUCUACGCCUCCGUGUCCUCCGUCUGCGGAGCGGCCGUCCACAGGGGGAUUCUGGGUCGGCCCGGCGGCUCCGUCAGGGUCCACAAGCUGCCGGGGCAACAGAACUACCUGAGAUCCUACGCACAUGGCAUCCAAUCACAGGCCCUGUCCCGCUGGACCGCCUCCUUCAGCCUCACCAAGCCUGUUGACGUCCCAUUGGAGUUGACCAGUGACACCAGUACCACAGCUCUGUCUGACGCCGCUCUACCAGCAAAGAAAUCACUGAAGAAGCUGUCAGUGAAGAAAGCUCUGACAGGUGGAAAUAAAGACUGUCAGAUGGAUAUCGCUAUGGUGAUUGACAGCAGUAACAACAUCGGGCAGCGGAGGUUCAACCUGCAGAAGAACUUUGUGACUAAAUUGGCGUCCAUGUUGAAAGUCGGAUCAACAGGGCCGCAUGUAGGCCUGCUCCAGGCCAGUGAUUCUCCCAGGACGGAGUUCCUCCUGACCAACUACACUCAACCUAAAGAGCUGCUGCCUGCCAUCAAGGAGCUGGUGUACCUGGGGGGAGCCACCAACACAGGUAAAGCCAUCAUGCACGCGGUGGAGACCUUCUUCACCCAGGAGAACGGGGGAAGGAGGGGUCACCCUCGGGUCAUGAUGGUGCUGAUUGACGGCUGGCCGUCUGACGACCUGGAGCAGGCGGCCAUGUUGGCCAGAGAGUCCGGCAUCAAUGUCUUCCUGGUAUCCGUGGCCAAACCGGCGCCGGAGGAGCUCGCCAUGGUGCGAGACAAGGACUUCAUGAAGAAGGCGGUGUGUAAAGAUAACGGCUUCUUCAGCUAUCCGAUCUCCAGCUGGUUCAGCACCACCAAACACGUCAAACCUCUGGCUCAGAAGCUCUGCUCUCUGGACCUCCUGCUCUGCAGUAAAACCUGCUACAACUCGGUGAACAUCGGGUUCCUCAUCGACGGUUCUUCCAGUAUCGGGGAAGGUAACUUCCAGCUAGUCCUGGACUUCCUGACCGGAAUCGCAAGAAGCUUUGACAUCUCUGACAUAGGAGCUCGAAUCGGUGCGGUGCAGUUCACCUACGAUCAGAGGCUGGAGUUCGGCCUGUUUGAACACUCCAACAAAGAGGACUCCAUCGACGCCCUGAAGAGGAUCCCCUACAUGAGCGGAGGAACGGCCACUGGAGCCGCCAUCAGCUACACCACCCAGAACCUGUUCAGGUAA